AUUUAUGAAGAAACAUUUACAAGCUGAAGGUCCAGAUCCUUCGGAUGUUGAAGCAAUGAAACUAGAGAUUGCAGAAUUGAAACAAAAACUUGAAUUGCUGGAAACUGAAAAUGCCGAGCUGAAACGAAGCUUAAAUCAUCAUCAUCAACAACAGCUGACUCCAGCAACUGGAACAAAUGAUGGGAAUACAACGAAUUAG